AGGUGGUCGUGGUUUUGGGCAGCUCGGAACCCGCGCGCAGCGCGCAAAUAUUGUCACUCGCGCUCGCGAUCGCAAGUGAGCACGUCUGACCGCGCGAAGAACUGAUUUCCUGGAUUCAUCCGCGAGUAGACACACAUCCUUUUAACGCGCGACCGCGUUUCCGCCUCAAUUUUCACCUACUUAAAAAUCAAUUGUCAAUCCGAGCACGACGUGCAGUCGGGAAAGGAUGAGGAUCGCCAGGCAUCGACAGAACAACGUCUUCCUCUCUUUCUCUCUCGCAAUAUCUUAUCUCUUCAUAGAAGUUCUUGAUAAGAUUAACGGACAUGGCAGAUUGAUGCAGCCGCCGAGUAGAAACGCGAUGUGGCGCUUCGGCUAUCCGAAUCCCGUGGACUAUAAUGACAAUGAGUUGUUCUGCGGAGGAUACGCAGUACAUUGGGAGCAAAAUAAGGGCAAAUGCGGAGUUUGCGGCGAUGCUUACCAUUUGAAAGAACCUCGUCCACACGAGGCAGGUGGUGAGUUCGGCAAAGGUACAAUAGUUAGGCACUACCUCUCUGGCCAGGACAUUGAAGUUGAAGUCGAACUAACAGCCAAUCACUACGGACAUUUCGAAAUGUACAUAUGCCCGACUAACGAUCCGUCGAAAGAAGCAACUCAAGAGUGUUUCGACUCUUACCCUUUGUACGUGUCUGGGACGCAAGACGUUCGAUUUGAAAUUCCACGAGAGAUUGGAAAAAAAGGCAUCAUUACAUACAGCGUAACGUUGCCUCCAUACGUGACAUGUUCACAUUGUGAGAUACAAUGGAAUUAUCUUACCGGCAAUAUGUGGGGCACAUGCGAAAACGGCACCGAAGCCGUUGGUUGCGGACGACCGGAAACGUUCCGUAAUUGUGCCGACGUGAGAAUUGUCACGAGCACCGGUGGAAUACCGCCGCAGUUUAUAUAUCAAAACACCAUUUCCGAAUUGUAUUCCAUUGUACCGAAAUUUUUGACCACACCGCUUGCGGAACCAUUGAGAGUUCAAGUGUGCGAACCGACUGCGGCUUAUCGAUACAGGCAAAAUAUGACCAAUUGGUGUCAAGUGAAUUGCAUUCGUAUUCCCUCUAAUUGCCCGCCAGGCAUCUGUCAUUGUCUAAACACGUGCGACGCUAUUGGAGAUAUCGCCGAUAAGCCGGGAGCGGACCAAUACUGUUUGAGAAGAUGCAUGCGUUAUCCGUCGAAUUGUCCAACCGAUCGCUGCAACUGUUACUAAAAUUGAAAACUUGCAUUGAUAACACGUAACGUCGCCACAUGUGACGUCAAAUGUGAAAUGUGAAUAUAUGCGUAUUUUCAAAUAAACUAUAUAAAUU